GUGGACUCUUCAAUUAAAAAGUGUCCUGAAUUACAUACGAACGCUAGUGAAGAAUGCUUUAGUCGCAGGUCUCUCGCGUGGUUUUGCUCCUUUACGUAUACCUUAUAAAUUGACCCGAGCUCGAAAUGAAUUACGAAUAUGAUCUGCUGAGUUUCGGGGGUCCGUGCGCUCGACUUCUAGUAGACUAUGACGGCAAUGCACCCUCGUGCAGGCUUGGUUUGAUGACAGCGAGGCUUUAUCAUAUGAAGCCUUGUCUUAUACGUGGGGUUACCCAUAUAAGCAAUGUCGUAUGUAUCAAUCAGAACAACACAGCGGAACGCGGCCACCAGGCUCAGAUGAAAAAGAUCUACUCCUGUGCGGAACGAGUUAUUUUAUGGUUCGGUUCGGGAACCAAUGAAACGAAUAUUAUCCUGGACUCUCUAUUUGAACUAGAAAAGAAAAUUCGCCAGUAUCCAUCGUCUAGGAACUGGAAGCUCACAGAUCAGCGCUGGGGGGAUCUAUGGGUAUCUGUUAAGGAUGCUCGGCGUCCUCGGUACCCGGGACUUGUGGAGAAGCAGAAGAUAGGAAUAAAAGUCCUAUAUGAUCAGCCUGGGUUUCAAUGAAUGUGGAUUGUAAAGGAGGUUGCCAAGGCUCGAAAUGCUCUGGUCUGCAGCGGCAGCCGAUCGGUAUCAGCGCAUUUAUUUACUCUGGGACCAUUGCUUACAGAAGUCGAACCCACGCCGCAGUGUC